CACCGGCCCUGUGAUGGCACUUUAGAACUGUUUAAAUCCACACACCAGAAACUGGGAAAGAUCCAUCAACGGGAACUCCCAGAAGCUUCACAGGAAUAUGCACUUAUAAUUCCAGACAUCAAAAAACUGAAAAUGCCAGCUCAGAAAAAUAUGCUGGUGUUUGUGGCUCUCUUUUCUCUUUUGCGACUGGCCCAGUGUCAAAAGUUGCCAAGUUUUGACUUACUGGAGGAGUUUCAUGUGCCUGACUCAAGAGGAGUGAGGAGGGUGGACGGCUCUCAACCUGAGGCAGUGGCCUACCGUAUCAACCCCUCCAUCCAUCUACAGAAGUCCAUGAGCGACGUGUACCCAGAUGGACUUCCCUCCGACUACUCGGUCAUUGCAACAUUUAGGGCGACCAAAGACACUGCCAAGGAGUCCUGGAACCUGUGGCAGAUCAGUGACCCUGAGGGACAAGAGCAGGUUGGCCUUCGGUUCCAGGGUGAUACACGUUCCUUAGACUUCUUCUUCACAAGCCCCCAUGGGAGCCAGAUGCUGAGGACCUUCCAUGGUGUGGAGAAGGUCUUUGAUGGAGAGUGGCACAAGGUAGGACUGAGUGUGAAGGGCAGCCAGGUGAAACUGCUGAUAGACUGUGAAGAGAUCAGAGUGGAGUCCAUUGAUGAGCCAAGGCCAAUCAUCCACCAAGGAUAUACCUCCAUUGUAAAGCGUGCUGCAGGAGAUCGCUCUGUGUCUGUGGAUUUACAGCAGAUGGAAGUGUCAUGUGACCCAGAAAAGGCCUAUUCAGAAGGUUGUUGUGAGCUCUCGAGCGUGUGUGGAGGAUAUGCAGUGAUCGGCCUCACAGGGGGAAGACCCUCUUGCAAAUGUAUGCAUGGGCAGCCUGGCAUCCAGGGCGCUCCAGGACCAAAGGGUCAUAGAGGCCUUCCGGGAGAGGAUGGAGACCCAGGGAGACCAGGGAACUGGGGCAUAAGGGGGAACACAGGAGAUUAUGGCAACAUUGGCGAACCAGGCCCAAAGGGUGAAGAAGGAAUCAAAGGCGAGAAAGGAAUGAGAGGACCCUGGGGCCAAGUGGGAGACAGAGGUCCCAAAGGGCUGAAAGGAUUAAAAGGGGCAACGGGCUUUACGGGAAUUCAAGGACCACCUGGAGACAUUGGAGAGACUGGAAAAUCGGGAGAAGCUGGUAUUAAAGGCAUCAGAGGAUAUGAAGGGAUUCCUGGGUUUCAAGGAGUUAAGGGUGAAAAAGGAGCUUCUGGUGCAACAGGGCGACCUGGGCUUAGAGGAAAGCAGGGCAUUGUGGGAGAUCCUGGAGAAAGGGGAACUCCUGGACUGAAGGGGGGACCUGGAAUUCAAGGACCUGUGGGCAGAGCUGGCACCAUAGGACCAAAGGGCAUUAUUGGAGAUCCGGGCUUACCUGGCAGAGAUGGUGAUCCAGGAAUAGAGGCUUAUCAAGGACCACAGGGCCUCAGCGGAAAACUUGGACAAAGUGGAGCAAAGGGGGAGAAAGGCACCCUGGGGCCACCAGGAGAAAUAGGUCCCAGAGGGCAAACUGGCCCCAGAGGUUACAAGGGUUCUGCAGGAAAGCCAGGAAGACCUGGAUUUAUUGGCCCACCUGGACCCACUGGACAUGUGGGCAUGCCUGGAAAACGAGGGCCCAAGGGUGACACGGGAAUCCAGGGUAUUAAAGGAGUUAAAGGUGUACAGGGAGAACAAGGAGUUAAGGGCCCAGCAGGACAGGUUGGAGACAGGGGUAAGCAGGGUCCUCGGGGAGGACGAGGGAAGCGCGGGCCUGCAGGCCCACCUGGACGUUCAGGUCCUGUCGGAGUCAAGGGUGUUCGAGGUGAACUUGGACCAGAUGGUUUUCAGGGGCCGCCGGGUCCCCCAGGUCCGACCCUCCCUGCUCAACACGUGAUUGAGGUUUGUAAGAAAGUGGUCCUGGAGCAGAUGUCCAUGUUUGCCAACUCAGUGAAGAGGACAUGUGCUGCUGUCUGUCCUCUGUACGGGGAUGUUCCCAUGGGUGCCCCUGGUCCCCCUGGACAGAAAGGACCCCCCGGACCACCUGGGGAUCCUGGUAAUCAUGGCACGGAAGGAGAAGUGGGCCCACCGGGAUUCUACGGAGAAGCUGGAGAAGCAGGCCGAAAAGGAGAAGCAGGUGACAGAGGAGAGCAAGGUGAUAAAGGAGCCAAGGGUUACGGCCUGCCUGGUAAUACUGGAGACCCUGGACCAAAGGGUCAGCGUGGACGUCCUGGCAGAGCCUUCAAUGGCCAGCCUGGAAGGCAGGGUCAAAGGGGGCAUAUGGGCCGGCCUGGGCUCAGGGGCCAUCCGGGUCUUAGAGGACCUCCAGGUGUGUGCGUCACCUCUGGGUGUGCUCAGCUGAACUCCACUGGUGGGACACCGCAGCCAGCAGAGCGAAGGUGCAAAUUUGGAACUAGUUACUGCUCCGUAAUGGGUUACAAAUCAACAUCCAUGCAUUGUGUGUUAAGAUGCCUGUGCUUCAUGCUUCUCCAUUUCUUUAGUGCGGCUCAAGAUGAAGACCUAAGAAGUUGUAGGACUGCACCAUGUGAUUUGGUCUUUAUUCUAGAUGGCUCGUGGAGUGUUGAAGAUGUCAAUUUUGAAAUAGUGAAGCGAUGGCUAGUCAACAUAACGACGAGCUUCAAUGUCGGGCAGAGGUUUACCCAGGUUGGAGUCGUCCAGUACAGUGACAGUCCCCAUUUAGAAAUACCUCUGGGGAAGCACUCCACCAACAGAGACCUCAUCAAGGCGAUGGAGUCCAUUGAAUACAGGGGGGGUAACACAAAUACCGGGGCAGCUAUUGAGUUUGCUACAGACAGACUAUUUGGCCUCUCUGAGCGAGCGAGCGUUUCCAGAAUUGCUGUUGUCCUCACAGAUGGGAAGUCUCAAGAUGAGGUUCUGAAAGCUGCUGAGGCAGCGAGGAAAAAAGGAGUAAUCCUGUUUGCAAUUGGUGUUGGUCCAGAGACAGAAAAGGAUGAGCUGAGGGACAUUGCAAACAAGCCAUUUUCAACUUAUGUCUUCUCUGUUGAGGACUACAAAGCUAUUUCCAGGAUCAGGCAGGUCAUAAGACAGAAACUAUGUGAAGAGACUGUUUGUCCCGCCAGAAUUCCUAUAGAUUCCCGUGACGAGAAGGGCUUUGAUAUCUUGUUACAUUUAAAUCUGGCAAAAAAAGCAAAGAACACUCAAGGGACGUUCUAUGGCUCUAAGGCCUAUCAGGUGACGUCUCGUGUCGACUUGAGUGAAGCUACACGGAACCUUUUUCCUGAUGGCCUGCCUCCUUCAUAUGUUUUCGUGGCCACAUUGAGGUACAAAGGAUCACUUGCAGAAGAGGAGUGGGACCUGUGGAGAGUACAGACACGAGAUGGUAAACCUCAGAUGGCGGUAACUUUAAACGGUUUUGACCACACCCUCAUGUUCACAACAACCAGCAAGGCACCAAAUGGGAUUCAGACUGUUACUUUUUCACAACAGACAGCAAAGCUGUUUGAUGAGAAAUGGCACCAGCUACGUCUGCUGGUCACCGAAGAGGAUGUCACUCUUUAUGUUGAUGACUUGGAAAUUGAAACCUUAUCACUGGAGCCCCCUGUUGGCAUUUUCAUCAAUGGAAAAACCCAAGUAGGAAAAUAUGUCAGAAAGGAAACAACAGUGCCAUUUGAAAUUCAGAAACUUCGCAUUUACUGUGACCCUGAGCAGAACAACCGGGAGACUGCUUGUGAAAUACCUGGAGUUUGCUCUGAUCGCGUUGAACCGACUCCAGAACCUUGUGUUUGUCCUCCUGGACCUCCCGGACAACCAGGAAUGAAGGGAGAGCAAGGAAGCAUUGGUAUUCCUGGUCAGCCUGGUCCUCCUGGUGCUGAUGGUAAGCCUGGUAUCCCUGGGCUUAGAGGAAUUCCAGGUUUCCCAGGUUCGCCGGGAAUUAAGGGGUCACGUGGACCAGAUGGGUACAAAGGAGAGCAAGGGAGGCCCGGUGUUUCGGGUGAGAGGGGUAUUCCUGGGUUACCGGGGCCACCUGGACAACCAGGCGAGAAGGGUGCACAAGGGACCCCGGGAGCAGCAGGGUUACCAGGAAAAACUGGACAUGUGGGAGAAAAAGGAAGUAUAGGACCUCUUGGGCCACAAGGUCCUCUGGGAGAACCUGGUCUACCUGGGAGAGAUGGAAAGGGUGGAUUUCCAGGAAGACCUGGUCAAAAGGGAGAAGCUGGAGCCAGUGGUAUUCCUGGUACUGACGGAAGGGAAGGCCAUCCUGGUAUGCCUGGAUUGCCUGGAAAUGCAGGCCUGGAUGGACAAAAGGGAGAAGUUGGUGAGCCUGGACCCAGGGGCUUUAAAGGAUCGACUGGACCACCUGGUGAAAUGGGAUUACCUGGUGAACCAGGUUUGCAAGGACCGAUCGGACUGAAGGGGAAUAUGGGUGAAAGAGGAAGUCCGGGCAUAAAAGGCACACCGGGGCUUGCGGGCAGUGCAGGGCAACCAGGAAGUCCAGGUCAACCAGGGCACCCAGGCAUGCCAGGAAUGAAGGGAAGCAAGGGACAGAGGGGGAAUCCAGGUGAAAGGGGCGACAUGGGGAUGAAAGGUGAAAAAGGAGAGCAGGGGCGGCCAGGGGGUGUGGGAUCACCUGGUCCAAUGGGUCUGAAAGGAGAGAAAGGGACAGCAGGGGAUCUGGGGCAGAGAGGUCAAGAAGGUCAAGUUGGACGACCCGGACAGCCAGGUCCGUCAGGCCAACCAGGCCCCCGAGGGUUGCGGGGAGAUAUGGGCCCUCCUGGCCCACCUGGACCCGAAGGAAGAUAUUUAAGUGCAAUGUCAGACAAUCACAUUCGGCAGAUAUGCAGAGAGCUUCUUCAGGCUGAGCUGCCUCUAUUGAUACUGAGCAAUCAGCAGAGUAGCUGUACCAGGUGUCAAAGUCAGCCUGGAUCUCCUGGCCCACCAGGUCCAAUGGGGCCCCAGGGACUCAGAGGUCUUCCUGGGCUUAGUGGUUCUAGGGGACUGCCAGGCCACCCUGGUCGGCCGGGGUAUCCUGGGAUUAAUGGUCUCAAAGGAGAACCAGGUUUCAAAGGGGAGAAGGGGAGCCCUGGUCGGGUCAUGAUUGGAGACCAUGGGCCUCCUGGACCUCCAGGUCCAAUGGGUCCGGAGGGACAUGGUAAACCAGGUACUCCAGGUAAACCUGGGCCCCCUGGUCAAAAUGGCCCAGAGGGUAAAAGUGGUAAUCCUGGCAUCCCUGGUGAGCCUGGUGUGUGCGAUCCAUCCAUGUGCUAUGGAGGCAUGAUGAGGCGGGAUUCUUACAGCAAAGGCCCAAACUAUUGACAUAAGGCAGCAUCACUGCAGGCACCAGUAUAAAGCUGAUGCAGAACAGAUAUUCUCAGGAAGAUCUCACCAUUACAGUUCCUCUCUGACAUGGAAACAAAACGUACCUCUUCUGACACCGUUUAUGUGACACCUUUUAUGCAUCCCAGUUUCUUUGAUGGUAUUUUGUAUUAUUAGUCAUAUGGCUUUGAACAUUCUUUGAAAAUUUAAUGGUGUUAAGAGGAUUAAUGAUUGGCUCCAGUGAAUACCUCUUAUCCAAGCACCUUAUAUGAGGUAUCAAAUGUGCCAGCCAUGUAACGCACGGUACUCACUGCAUUUAAGAUUACUACGCAUAGACUCAUGCACACCAUCUAUGGACACACUACAGCUAACAGUUUGAUGGAUAUCUGGGUUUGUGUAUAGGUAGGAAAUGUAAGUGCAGUGCCUGUCGUAUUAGGUGCAGCAUACCAAACGCCAGCAAACAUAAAGGUCUAACCAAGAUUUUAUUGCAUAUCAAGAAAGCUUAUUAUGGUUUUCCAACACAAUCUUACCAAAUCUUCUGCUUUGCUGACAAAAAACAUACACCUGUUUACUGUUUGAGCCUUAUAUUUAAUCUUGAUGAAGAGAUGAAUUUAUAAUUAGAACUAAUGAGAACACCUUUGAGUCUGAGGUGUUUGUCAAUCCUGCUGUUGUCUGAAGCUGUUGGCAUUUAGUCAGCUCAGAGGAAGGACACAUUUUGAGCCAUGCCAUCAUUUACUUUGAAUGAGAUUUAUGGCAUGCACUGCAUUAACAUCAACUAAUUACAUGCACACCUACUUCAAAACGUGAGGUGUAUGUGCAGAUUACACAUACAGUCAAUUAUGUUGAACAUUAUUUACAUGCAACCUUUCGAUUCUUGUGAACCACACCUAAAUAAACCCACCAUUUCCAGUGUGACACCUAUCAGUAUAAGCCCUAUGUGUACAUACAUGUGCAAAUUGUUUGUGAAUUCUAAAUGAAUGGUGAUUGUUUGGUCACAUCUUAAUAUGGCGUUACUAAAGCGUUUGACUGCAGUUGGCUGACAUAUUUGACUCCUAAUAAUCUUGAAGUUUGUACUGUAAGUCCCUGUGGCUGGUACACUUUCUUAUAUUGCCCCCUUGUGUUCCUUCACUGCAUGUUUCGUUAUAAGAUUUUACUGCACAUAGGGCAGGUGCCACAUGUUCCACUAAAAAACAGAACAACAAAAAUCAACACUCAAACACACACAUGAAAAAACAAUGAUGAUUUGUGAAUUGAUUCGUGAUGAAUUAUCACAGAAAUUAACAAGUUUCUGUGCAAAACUGUGACUUUGAUUGCCUCUCGCUGAGUACUCACUCCUGGAAGCUCGAAUUCAUAAAGCAUUCUGACUUUUGUGCGUGAAAACUUUUUACAAAACACAUCACCCCGGUUACCCUCCUACUGCAAUACUUCUCCAUUCAUUGCCAUGUCUUAUUUGUUCUAUAUUUAGGAUGUAAAAUAUAUAUAUAUAUAAAAAAUGUGCCACCUAUGAACACACCAACACUUUAGUUUCACAUUUUAAUCCAUUUAUGUUCCCCCAGCUUACCUUUCAUUACUGUAGCAGGUUUUUUUUUUUAUUUAUAAGAGAGGCACAUCACAUUUCAGCAGUGACCUCUCUUAAACAUCUUUUGUAAUGUUAUUAUUUGGUGUGAAGGUAUGACUUUUGCCAUUUUUAUUUUCUUUUUUAAAAACUAGA